AUGAGGCUGACGCCGCAGCUCGCUCUCCCCACAGAGAGGUGUCAGGAGCUCGGGAAUGAUGACGCUUCAGAUAUCCACACACACCGACACAAAGCAAAGCGUAGACCUGCUCACACACACACAGACACACACACAGGGUGCACGUCAUCGGGCAAGAACACACACACACGAACACACACAAACAUGCUCGGAUACACCCCCCUUGAGGUAAAUGUUAGAAGAGAGAAACACACACACACACACACCACACAGAGCACCCAAUUAAACAUUCAUGGCACACUCGCCGUCUCACUGCUUAAUAUCUAUUUUAUUUUGGUCUGA